GGCCUCAUAAAAGCGCGCGCUCUUCGCGGUGGCCACGCUACAUCAACAUCGUGUGCCUGAGAGAAAGCCACAGUGCCGUCCACAGGAUACCACUCGCACUGCGACGGCCCGAGGUCCGAGGACAUAGACUAUCUGCGGCCAACCGCUUAAGGGGCCACAACCACCUUCACAUAAGGAGUCAUGGCCUCCGUCUCGUGGCAAGUAGCGCUCGUAGCGGCAGUACUUACGAUCUCCAUGGCCACAACACCGGCACGCAAGCGUUCCAAGCGAGAGGCGUACGAGCUUCCAGCCGGCUCCGAGCUGUUACUGUACGCGCCACUGUCCACCAACUUCCGGUGCCCAGGGGAGGGGUACUACGCCGACAUACAGAACAACUGCCAGGUGUACCACGUCUGCCAUCAGGUGACACGUCCGGAUGGUUCGGCUGAUACACAGCAGUACACCUUCCUGUGCGGCAACCAGACCAUGUUCGACCAGCUGUCGCUCACGUGCACCUUCCCAGAGGACGCCGUGCCGUGUGCAAGCGCGCAAGACUUCUUCUAUGUUAACAACUACAUUGGCGUCGAGAACGCGCCCUUCCUCACCGACGACGACGUGCGCCGAGCGGACGCCUACAAGCAGGGAUGAUAGAGCUCCUCACUAUGCCGAUAGUAUAACGCGCACUCGCUGCAACGGAUACGCGUCAUAUAUCUUCGCUACGCUGCCUCAUGCAAGGCACGGUGCUUUUGCUCGCAAUGGCCGACAGGUCUCUUGGGCCAGACGCUGGAUCUUUCACAACUCUCUGAUAAGGCAACCAACUUCCUCGGUGGCAACACACCACCCCAGGCUUGCUUUUAAAUGAGGUCUUGCGUUCGUUCGUGAAAGGCUUGCACGCGAGUGUCCCCCGCGUCUCUAACGCCGAGCAACAUUUUCAAUUUGGUGAUGAGACGUUUUUCUUUGGCACACCUGGUCCUCGACUGUCAUAUGAGCUCUCUAAGUGGGGGUGCGACUUUGGACGCCCUGGUCACAAGUAUAGAGCCAAGUAUUGUCCUCCAAAUGGCAUGUUGGGCUAGUUUGUGCUAGUUCACUUUUGAAGAAAAACAGCUCACAAAAAGACGUACACAAAAAAAGAGAGGGAACAGACACAGCGCGUCUUUCUGUGCGCUGUUUUUCUUCAAAAAUGAAUAUUUGUCCUCCCUUCCUACCCUUUUAUGACUUCGUUAUUUCCCAUGUGCUCUACUUCUCUAAGCUCUUCACUGUGUUCGGUGAAACGCAUUCGCUUCGUUCACAUUCAAGGCGUGCAAGUCGUUCCCGACAGCUUCCAGUUCGUACAAUAGGGUUGAAGGGUGGGCUAGUUGGUGAUUGGUCAUUAUACCGUACGGUGAAGUAGCGCAAUUUUGACAAGGACAAAGGGGACAAGAAAGACACGACACUCGCUACGUAGCGAGUGUCGUGUCUUUCUUGUCACUGUGUCCUCGUCAAAAGUGCGCUACUUCACCAUACGGUAUAAUGGUCCUGUUCGUACGUCUCCCUGAGUGACAAGGGUAUAGGAAAGAUUGCCUGAGUGUCUCCGACAUGCAUUCCUUCUCCGCUAGUAGAAGACCAAUAUGCUAGGCACGCAAUGCGGCCAUUUGCAAUAUUCUUUUCGCUUGCAUAUGGAAUGACCUCCAAGCUUGGGUGCAGGCCGGCCAAGAUGUCACAGACAAAGGCAAAAAGUGAGGUGUGCGACGUAUUCCAGAUUAAGUUCGAACAAUGCAUUUUUUGGGCACAAUGUCGCAGGUCUGGCUCAGUACUCCACUUCCCUUGCUAAAGCUCUAGCCAGCAUAUUUCUACCUGCGUAACUAAUCCGCCUCUUUCAUUUUCCUGUGCUGCCCUCUGGCGUUUGGGUAGGGGCUUGGCAGGGGCCGGGACAACCGGUAUUGCCAGAAGCAAAGCCUCCGAGAUGAAGAGACGUUUCGCGACUUUUCCGCUAGGGGAAAGCGCAGGCGCCGGGCCGUCUUGAAAAAAGUGGAUUUUGGCUCUUAUACGCUUUCUACUUCACAGGGUUCCUACUUUCGUCUUUGCGUUACGUUGCAACUGCUUCUUUGCUUUACUCGAGGCUGUCAUGAAUUUCCUAGCUGCUAACCAAAAAUAUCAGAUGGCUAUAACUCGUCUUCGCUCGUUUAGAAUUUAGAUACCUCUUCUGCCGGAAAGAUAACAGAAUAAGAGCGAUCAGGGAUUCCAAUCAUAAACAUAUCUCUACCUGACAUCCUCUGUACCUUUUCCAUUUAUUUAACAUGUCGUAGUGCGCUUGCCCAAAGAUAGAAUCGUAUACCCAUCCUUACGUUCAUUCUUCGUUUGUUUUGCUUGUUGCUUUUGCCUUUUUUUCUUCUUCUUCUUACCUGAUGUCUGUUUGUGCUCGCUUCCAACAAACGCUAUUUUGUUUCCUGACUGCCAUCCACGUUCACAUUCAUUCCAAAGUAAAGUAAAUUAAAACAUACUGCGCUGAAAACCGCUUACCCAAAAUAUAGGCUACAUGUUCAGCCUAAAUUCCACGUCCACGUCCACGUCCACGUCUUCGAUGAAGAGCGUAUGAUUGAUGCCGGGUAGAAGGCGCACAAUGUAAGCAUCCACUUAUUACCACCUCUAAAAAGGAUCUCUUGUUAAUUUAUUGAAUUAGAUGUGGUGACACCUGAGAAGAAAUUCAUCAGCUGCUUGUUAUACGAAGACCAUUAGAUACACUUGAUGAGGUUUCCAACUUUUUUUUCACGAAGUUAUAGAAUGCUUCCAAAUUUGACUAUAUGUUAACACCAUGCAUCCUGUGCCAAAUAUUUUUCUUUAUUUCUUGGCAGCUCUUACCUACCUCAGACAUUCCUUUUUCUUUUUUUGAGGAACUGCUUUCAUCUCUCUCUUCGUACUCCCUUGUGUUACCGAAUAUGCAACGGUGCAUUCUGUAUUUCUCCUUUCUUUGCAACAACCCUAAAUCCCAUUUCUCUGCCCCAUUUUUUCACUAUUUUGCAACACGGUUAUAUCAAACUUUGUAAACGCAUUUCCUAUAAAAAAUUUGACAUGGCUGCUUUGUUCCUUUCCUCCAAUAUCCUGAACUGUUUCAUGGUCUACAUAGUAUAUGCUGAAGGAGGUUUUUCUUUUUUGCCACCCGUGUCGUCUCCGUGUUCCUUUCUUUCGUGGUGUAUUAAUUUGUGGCAAAUAUCCUGUCCUCCGAUACCCUCUUUGCUUUUUUACUAAUUAUUCCAGUCUUCAUCACCCAUAUAUGUCACAAAUGUUUUCACCUAUUGAAGCUGCUAAUUUAUGCCUCAUUUCCCUGUCACAUAACAGACAUUUUCACAAUAUUUCGCUCCAGCGCUUUUUGUUGUUGUCGCAUAUGGUCCCCCUUUAUUAGCUGCUGGUCAGCAAAAAGAAUUCCAACACGCUGUAUUCAUUCUUGCCUUGUUUUGCAAAGCUGCACCACUUGUGUCUUCGUCUACAAUUAUUCUGUGUUCUCGAAAGCAUGGUGAGCAGCACGAAGUAUUUGCAUUAAGAAAAGUUCAAUUUCAAAACCGGGCGUACUAGAAGUUCUGUCCUCUUUUCUGAAGCUACGCAUUUAUCGUGCUUGAACGUAAACAUUCGUCCUUGAACGUAUCACGAUACACAUUGUUGUUCCGUUUACCAUAGCUUUGCUUCCUCCAGGCGAGCUACUAGAACACCGCCCCACCCCUCGCCGGCUUCUAAGGCAGUGAAGGCACUCUUAUGCUUCUUCAAGACGACCGGCUUGUGCGAACGAACGCCUCUUACUUGUGGUGCUGUCCCGCAAGCUACAGUGAAUUCACUGCCUUUUUCUUCCCCUUCCCUAAUCCCCCAGUGUAGGGUAGCCAACCGGAAUCCAUUCUGGCUAACCUCCCUGCCUUAGUGUUUCCUUUCCUUCCUGCAAAAUGGUAGACGCAACACAAUUCACCUCAAGUUCGAGGAUUACGUUGAUGGUAAUGUUAGUAAUGGCAUUUGAUUAGUGGGCAUGAUUUAAGCUUAGACCGGUUCUAGUUCCACAGGUACACGGAAUGGCUUAACGGAAUGAGGCGGUCAGCAAGACCUUUGGCUGAAUAUUCACUUUUUAAGUGUAUGUCACACAUUUAGGAAUGUUUUCCAGAGACAUCAAUUAUUUUCUUCAAGAAAGACUUCAUUUUUUCCCUCUUCAUUGACGUCAGUGCGUUUUUACUUUGCCUCGUCCCAUUCGAAACGCAAUAUAUUAAGCUAUAUGACGACGGACGCUUAACAAGAGAACACGACAGCCUAUACCUCACUCGUAUUUUUGAAUUGCCACUGAGGUGAUCAUUAUUUUUGUACAUGUACUUAAUUAAAGUUUUCUUCAAACGUUUAUGAAAAAAAAUAUAUAUAUAGCGCUGCUGAGUAGCCUACUGUCAUAGGAACUGCAAAAUGCAAUGCCGUUGGCAUGUGUUAGAUGUAUUCGAGUGACUUUUUUUGCAUGUGUGUGAUAUCGGAACACUUGUAAAGUCACUUGUACGUGACGCCACACGCGCCAUAUUGCAGCGGAAGCAUUACAUUGCGCUGUUCUUGCAAAACUGGAAUUAAUCCGAUCGAAACGAAUUUUAGGCGAUCGAAAAUAUCCAGCUUCUUGGAGAGUGACUGACAUUCUAAUAUUUGGUAAAAACAUUGGAGGUUCCAAGGAACAAGAGGUUAUAGACUUCAGAAGAAAGGAAAAAAGAAAAAGAAACUUAUAUAGACCAAUUCAAAUGUACUCUAUAUUUUAGACCUCAAAAAAAUUAUAGACUACGCUUUCGUUAAAGAUAGUAUCUCCCAAAAAGUAUGCAUCUUUUAUUUGAGUGUGUUCUGCAUGGUCCCUAAUACUUCAUCCCAGAAUUUACGCGUCCACGCACAUUUUUUUAGCAACCUUGGCAACCGCUGCUGCUCCCUGUACUGCCGAAAAGCAGCCUCCAUUUCGCCACACACUUUGCUGUCGCAUCACGACGCCACAAUGGCUUACAUUAUUAUUUUGUAGUAUUGUUUUGUAGACGCUUACCUGAAACCAACUACUUCCCCUCCUGCCGUUCUUCGGGUGAAAUAUUUGCAUAGCUGGCGCCUGAUUGAUUUUCUCAAAGUUGAGAUAGCUGACUAGAGCCUUUACGGUACGUGUUCACUAUCUUACAAUGAACCGAGAAAGAGCCGAUAAGCCUGAAAGUCUCGAGGAAAAAAAAACAUCAUUUCGGAAUUGAUAGGUUGGCAAGAAAGCUUAAAGAGAUUAAGGAUUGUUCCUCUCGCCCAACUAAGGGAACCUAACGUAAACGGAGCUUUUAAUUCAGCUUUGUUAGUGAAAAUUUUUGCCGCUCACGAACUCACCUUGCUCAAUUGACAUUAAAUAACACUGUCACAGCCAGUGCCAUCGCGUCCACUUGCUUCAAAUCAUGAGUUCCCUCUUAGCGCUCAGCUAUACACACGUCGAGUGGCCAUAUAUAUUCCCCCCUCCGAGCGAUUGCCAUUCACAGAAACUGCCGUCCGCAUGCAACCAGACCGGAGCUUCUAUAAUGCAACAAUAAUCUUGCACAACAUAUUACACAAUUUGAUUAACCAAUCAGAAAUUUUGAAGUUGUCGGCAAAGAUUUUCCGACAACUCGGCCUGAAUUUUGCCAUUGCAGCUUGCAUCACAAAAUAAGGAAAUAGGAAGCUGGUCAGUAAGGAUUUUCUUGUGUAGCCCACUUCGGCAUUGCGAUUUAGUAUGCGAAUGAAUUCUGCGUGUUGUAAGCAUACAUUUUUUUCUAAUGAAACAAGUCAGCGUGUGUCACAGGACGUUGAGGUAACGUUCUUUUUAAAGUUAUCUUUGCACACCGCAGAAUUUAUGUAUCAGUUUACGAAAUAUAUAUUGGUACUUUUUAGAAUGGUAAAUUCUCUCUGCGGAGCCUCAACAGUCCUCAUAACAAAGGGAAACUUAAGUAGUAAAGCUUUCUUGCAGAACAGUUGGUUCAUGUUGAACUUGUAGAGUGCUGCGCAGUCACAAAAGAAAAGGACAGACAGGACAGAGCGCAGACUGCCUAAUGUUUGGCUUGUGUUAUUGUCUAUUGUCUAUUGGUUGGUUGUUUGGUGAAACCUUAAUAAGUGCCCGGCUUUUUUUUUUUUUUUUUCAUUCAAUGAACAGUUCGUAAUCCGCGCUCUUCCUUGCCUCUCUCGCUAUCUAAAUUUGUUCAUUGAGUUGUUACUUCUCAUUGAGUAACGCAGAUGCCUGUCAUCAAAUUGGCGUUCAGUAUUUUGAGUGAUACUUUCUUUCAUUAAAAAGACGUUUGCCUUUACCGUAGAGGAGCGUGGUAAUGAUGGCAAACAGUAAUGGUGUUAAUCUUAGUUUUUGUUGGCUACAGGAGCGAUACGGUAAUACACAGAAGGGGCCGGAGUUGUCUCUGUUAUUACAACGUGGCGUCAUUAACAGCGUGUGUCACUGCUGUAUCAUGCAUUGUAUCCGCAUGAUACCGCAACCACACGCGCAUGGUUGCGAAAAGUUGAUUUCAUAACUGGCUUUGUGCGAGCGUACGCAGAGCAACUGCUUAUUUCCACGUUGCUUUCGAAGCUUCGCCGCACCACUCGUAACAUUAUAUUACCAUCGCUUCAUCGAGGUUGCCAGGAAUUAAAUGUUUCCAAGGGGUACCUCGAAAUUUGUGUGGAAUACGCAAAACAGAAAACGUUCGCGCUGCGCUGAAAGAUGUUACAUUCUUCAUUUAGUAAUAUGUUCAUAAUGUGUUGUCAUUGAUAUUUAAGGUGCUUUAUGAUAACGCUGAGAGGGAUCUCUAGCUCUUUUCCUUAACUUUCAGAUGCAUGUGAAAUUCUAAAGUGAUCUGUUUCCCUUUUCGAUACUGAAUUGGUUUGACUGCAAUUUGUUGCAAUAAAAAAUUUAAUAAUCUACCACCUGCUAGGAAAUAAUUUUUUACAUCAUUGACAUUCUACUCACCUCGGAACAGCGUGAUUAAACAGCGCAACAAAUUUCUUUUAAAUCAGUUCAGUGAUUAUCUAGUGUAAGCUUGUUCGAGUUACAUAUGCAUUUUUAUAAGGAAAUCCGACUUCGGUUUGAGCUAAAGGUUCCUCCUAAGAAGCUAUCAAAUUGUUACUGUUAUGCGUGCUAGCUUGUUUCCUCAUGCGAGGCCCCUGCCUUCGUUUUUCAUGUUAUCUUCUUAGUGUUGCCCGUUAUAAUAUUGUGUUUAUGGAGAUCGCCGACAAACGUGAAACUACCCAGCUCAAUGUUUACAUCUAAUUCUCAUUGCAACGACAAAACGGCAUUUGGCUCUUGUGUUUGUAGGAUCUGGAAAAUAUAUCAUUGAUUGUCUUCAUUGGCUCUGUUGUAUUUCGUUUUGCUGUAGACGUUCUACGAACUGGAAUUACAUCCUGUGAUUGACUGAGAUAUCAACGUGCAAAUAAAAGUUGCGUCAGGCGGUACACAAAGAUUUUAAUAUUAUACAGAUCGAAUGUGCGUCACUUCACGGGAGCGGUACAACGCUCCGUGUUGUUACAUCCUCUGCUAAUCAAAAAUAAAAUGAAUAAAACACUGUCCUC